AUGUCGUCCGCUGUUUCCAAUGGACAGGGAAGUAGCAUCGAAUGCAAUUACGGCCGAGCUCAAGAAAAAGGAAAAGGAAAUCGCUUUUUCAAUGGCAUCUACAGUAUCCAGAGAUGUGUACAUCAUCCGGAUAAGCAAUGUGAGUUUUCUUGGCAAAAAUAUAAUUUAAAAAAAAGAUAUGUACAGCCUCUCGGGGACAUUUCUGGUGUUUUCUGGUGUAGGGUACUAAGUUUGAAACGAUUUUCAAGACCUUUUGAGUUUUACCUUUUUAUGCAUGUUCCUGUAGUCGAUACUGUUGAGAAUUAGAUUUUUGUUCCAAGUCUAGUAUACCAUAUCGCGUUGCCAGGUCGUGUUUUCAACCUCCCAGCCGCAAUUUUCACACCUUCACACGUUUUCCAUUUGAAACCAUGAACAAACAAACAAACAAACACCUGUCUAUUUUUCUCGAAAUAUCCCAUACACAAAAACAGACAUUAUAGAUACACUGACGAUGCCUGCAAGACAGCUAUUGAUCACCGAAAUGAGCGAAUUCACAACGGACGAGGUGAAUGACGCGAUUCGUGGAAGAACCCGACCGUUUCACAGUGUUGUGGGUGAAUUCAGGAAGGAGGACAAAGUGUGAGUAAAAGUGACUCUCAUAUUGGGUUUCACCGGAAUGAGAAAGUUCUGGAUGAAAGCUGUAUUUUGGAGCUGAAAGCUUUGAUAAAUUAUUUCCAUAAAGCUUUUAUCUUCGUGAUUCUAGUUCGUACGGCGUUCUGAAAUGGUUCUGAAAGGAGCAGGGGACCUUCCGAGUUGAUGUGUCUGUCUGAACUGUCGUGCCACGUUCACUGUUCGAGUACCACCUCUCAGAAAUAAACGGAACAACGCGCAGUCAAUGGUGUUACCGUGGCUUGAAAAACAUCCUCGGCCACGUAACCUUUUCUGAGUUUUUCGCGUUUGACAUAAUAUUCAGACGAGGCCGUCAAAGUGCAAGGUCUUCAUAUUGCCAGCAGGGAAGAGUUUUCAAGCGUGAAUUUUCUAGGCCACGGUUACAACUUUGACUGUGCGCUGUUCCGUUUUGAGUUAGUUUAACAGAUAUUAAUUCAUAAAUACUGAAAUAUCUCAACAAAUUCUGUUUUCAGAGAUCUCUUCUGUACCCCACUAACAUUCUACGUCCAAAAAGACCAUAUCUGCGUGGAAAUCGCCCGAGCGGAGUGCUUCUGCAAACACAAUUUCUACGUGGAGAAGCGUAACUUCUACAAUAUCAUCCGAGAAGUCCAAGUGCCGACACUGGACAUUCAAGUCGAAGCUGAUGGAGAUGAACUGUUUGAAUUUCUUGCUUUCACACUGCCAGGAACUUGGUGCCGAGAAUUGAAGGCUCUGAAUGUGGUGUUCAACAAAAAAAUAUAUCUGGAACCUCUUUCUACUCUACUGAAGAAAUCCAGAAUGCUCAGCCGUCUCAGAAUUGCGCACAGCGCCAAGGAAAUCGUGCGAGUUUCGGAUUUCAUCAAGAAUAUGGCAUGUCUGGAGGAGUUGGAGCUGAACUGCCCGGAUCACAAUGACUCUGGAUUCUUGUUGGACAAGCAGACGAUGAAGUUUAUUGUAGAGCUCGAGAAAAGAACAGGUGCCGAGAAACCGUUCCGUUCUCUGAAAGCGUUCAACGCCUCCUUCAACUUCACCGCCCGCGAAUUCAUCAAAGAGUGUGUUCGUCUGGCAAAACUCAGCCACAAUUCCACGUACAAGCAAUACGAGACGAUCAAUGAGAUCCGAGGAAGGGGAGGUGUCGACGUGGAAGCUCGAGACACCACCAUCAACUUCGAAGUCACUCCAAGAUUUCCAGUGAAGCUCUCAAAUGAGGUGUUCGUGGAAUUGUGCCGGAAGAGCAAGAGCUACCUGGUAAAUUUCGACUCGCGCUCUCCACAAUUCCGUUACUUCAUGAUCCGACACUCUCUGUUCCGUCUGAUUGAUCGUGAUUAA